AUGGUGAGCGCCUUCCGCUUCCAACGGCGUCAAGUGCUGCGCGCGGGCUACCCGAAGGGUCGCACAGAGGUGGCAGAGGAAGCAAACCGCUUCAACAUGCGCUAUGCCUUGGCGCAGGCCUCCAUCGAGGGCCGCCUUGGCUUCCAUCCGCCGCCGCGCGCCAACUCGGUCUCCCUGGGACAGGUGGUGCGCUGCCGAGCGGAGGAGACAACGCCGGAUCCAGCGUCCCAUGCGCGCCGUGCCUCUGAUGCCCAGACGUGA